UCUGUAUUAUUUUUGUUUCAGGAAAGAAGAAUAAAUAAGUGCAUUGCCAUGCAGAGAUAUUCAAUUCUUGCAAACUGCUGUGUAAGAUUUCAGUUCAGAGUUUAGGCUUGCCUCUCCAAGCUAUGUUGGUGCUGCAAACUAAACCUUUGAUAUGGAGACAUAACCACAUUCCUGAUUAAACUAACUCAACAUCCCCAGAAAAAAGAAGACUACUGUUCUGGUUUCUUCCCGGAGAGAAGCCUACAGCAGCACAGGGAAGCCUACAGUUCCUGUUGCCCCUAGCAGAGAGGAUGGCCAGAUUGUCAUUUUUAACUCCAAGUCUUGUGUUCGCAGCUGUUACCAUGGCAAUAGAUCCUGACAUAAAGACAACUGAUAACAAUGGCGUCUCAGCAGAAUCUCCAAAAGAUGGAGAUUCUAUUUGUAAUCUUUAUACUGUGGAGAAAAAAGUAAUUCUUAAUUGUUCAGGAGUGACUGUUCAGGAGGAACCACUUGAAAAUCUUGACCAGAAUGUUAAUGUUUUGGAUAUUAGCUACAUAGGAUUAACAAGAUUAUCCGUAUUUUCUAAAGAACAUAAAUUAAAAAAUUUGUUGGUUUUGAAUGCAAGUCAUAACAGUAUAAACCAUUUUGAAGAAGACUCGUUUAGAAUGUUUCCAAAUUUAGAGAAAUUAGAUUUGUCCUUUAACAGUAUCGAAAAAUUACCAAAUGAUGUUUUUAUGUCAAUGUCAGAUCUUAGAUUUCUUGAUCUCUCAAAUAACAAGCUUAUAUCAUUGCCAAAUAAAUUGCCAAUGACGGAAUGGUUUGAUGUUUCAAACAACCGGAUUUCAAGCAUUCCUGAAACAUAUUCUUCCGUGUUGUAUCCUCAAACUGUAUUCUUGUUGGGAAAAAAUCCAUUCAGAUGUACAUGUGAUCUGUUAUGGCUGAAAGAUUUACUGAGUACCAGAAAGUACCUGCUUAAUUUUGUGAUUAAUUUAGAUCCCAAGAAGUUUAUUCCAGUUUGUACUUCACCAGAACAUCUUGCUGGUAAGCCAUGGGAUACGGUGGAAGAUUCAGAAUUUAAAUGCAUUGGAUUGGAUGAGAAUUCUUUCGAUUCAGCCAAUGAAAAAGCAUCUAACAAAAUACAGGAGGAAGUGAAAGUUACAGUCUCAGAGAUUGGUCCAAACUGGGUAAUCUUGAAAUGGAAUGGAAAUUCAGAUGACAUUGGAAAAGUGAUAGAAAUUAAAUACCAUAAAUUUGGAGAAAACAAUGACAAAAAACAAGUGAUCUUGCCACUAUCAGCAUCAGGCUAUAGACUUAGGAAUUUAGAAGUUGAUGCACCAUAUGUUAUAUGUUCAACUGUAAUGCUUGGAGCAGAUUCGUAUUCACCUGGAUGUGAAGAAAUAGUUACUGCCAAGGGUCCAGAUAAAAAUUUAUUUUCUUACAUGUAUGAAUUUGUGAUAAGACUGUUUAUUGACUAUUCAAAUCACCUAAUUGUUUUAUUAAUUUUAUUUAUUACAACACUGUAUAUUAUUCAAAGAAAAGAAGUGAAUAAAAAAGAUAAAAUGUGAGGUACACUUGGUUGAAAAUAUCAUGUAUUAUUAUUAAGGCUUUACUUGCACUAAGGACUCAUUGCUGGUGAUGUAGAUGAUUGAUAUGCAGGUGGCUAAUUAACUAAGGAUCACUAAGUGAUCAUGUAUUCCAUUUUGAUUUUGAAGUCUUUGGAUAAAGCCUCUCAAGAUACUGAUCAGAAAAGAGUUUAACCAGGACCUUUAAAUGUACAGUCUCCAUAAUUACAGCUGCUUAAGUUUAUGACUGCACGAUGCAUAUAGCUUCUAGAUCACAAUAAUCUUUAUGUUCACAUACUGUUGGGGGAAUAUUCGCGAUGAUUUUGAUUUCACAAUAUUUGUUAUUUAUUGCAGCCCACACAAUCUUCGUUCAACUGAUGAAAAAUUUAAGCAAUUUAGAAAUAUACUGCGAUAAAAAGGAAACUGACAUUCAAAAAUAUCCUGGUACCUAUACUGGUUGAGUGGCCAGAUUGGUGUUUGAAACUCAAUAAAAAUACAUGCAGGCUAGAUCUCUUUCAUAGUAUAUUAAUUAAAAGUUAAAAUGGCACAACAUCAAAUGUUGUUGAAAUAUUAUUAUAAUGAAUGAUCAACAACUCAGAAUGCAAAAUCUCAUAUUUUAAUUCAUUUGAAAUUCUGCUGUUGCCAUGGCAACUGAUUGAUUUUCUUUAUGGAAACACGGAAAUCUCUUAUAACAAUUACAUCAGAACAUAUAAUAAACAUUCACAUAUGCUAAGAUAUAACCCUAGGCAACGCCUAUAAUUUGAGGCAAAAACAAAUAUGGUUGCCAUGGAAACGGAGAUAAAAAUGAGAAUAUUUGCUAUGUCUGUUUUUUAUGGAAUAAAACCAAGUUAGGUCUUUUUUUUAGGAAAUAACAUAUGUUAUUUGUUUGUGAAGAUCAUUAUUCAUAAGUAAUACAAUAUAUUUCUGUUGCUAUGGUUACAAUGGAGUUACAGUUACGCUUCAAUGAGACAACAAUGACGUUUUUGCUAAGUUAUUGUAGAACACUUUCAGCAUUUACCAUUACAUGUAAAAAUAAAAAAAAAUGCAUCACUGAAAAGUGUUCUUCAAACAAUGUUUUUUUUUCAAGACAUAAUAUAGAACAACAGAAAAAUGUUUUCAUGGUUACACAGUUAAUUCCGUAAACAUAAUACUACAUAAUCUCAUUUAACACACAGUAAUAGUUCAAGAAAACUGCCUUAUUAAAUGUCUUGAUCAUAUUAAAAGAGUUAGAUGAUACUAACGGCAAUAAUAUAUAUUUAGGCAUACAAAAACUAAAUUGUUUCCACAAUAAUUCAAUAUAAUAAUGUUUUACAAAUUAUACAUAUAUUGUGAUUUCAGACAUGUUAAAUUAAUUGUUCAUGAAAAGGAAAAAUGAACAUGAUACUGCUGACAGAAAUGAUUACAUGCAGUUUGAAUACAGCAGAAAAUAUUCUUAGAUCUAUAUAAUCCAACUGUCAUAAUGAAAAAAAUGUACAUUACUACCAUUAUAUGUAACAAUUAUUGUUGAAAAAUCUUCCAGUGUUUUAGAGGAAUUUCACAUUUAUACUGUGUUCAGCCUUACAUGUAUAUAGUGUGUCAACAUUUAACAAAUGCAUAGUACUGUUGACACCAUAAAGUUGUUAAUUCAAUGUUUACGUAAACUAUAUGUAACAUUUGUUCUUUUUCAAAUAUGUGACAGAGCAUGAGAUUUUGGGUCCAAAUGCAAGUUUGGUCAAAAAUGGGGUUUUGGGCUUAUCUGACAGACUGACCCGUUCUGAGUAAAAAUAUUCAAUUUGACAACAAAAAUCAGUUGUUGUCAUGGAGAUAUUACCACUUUUCGGACACCAUGUUUUUGUCUAACUGUAUCAAAAUUGAGGCAGUAUAUCUUAAUAAUGACACCAUAUUUAAAUAAUAUCAAGAUAAAAUACAUGAUAAAAUAACAAAAGCAACAUGCAAUUAAUGGAAUGUGUUUCUUUUUGUCUCUUUCUUUCAUGUAGUAUAAAAAUAUUUAUGUUCUAAAAAUCGUUUCUAUAGCAACACUGUUGUUUAACCUCUUUUUUAACAGUCUCUUGAUGAAUCUAGCAAUAAAUUACAUAGAAUGUGAAAUAAAUACACAAUUUACUUUUUCUAGUGUGCUAACAGUUUACAGACAACUGUUUUAUGACAUUCUUUUGAACAAGAUACAGAAUUUAUUUGAUAUCAAAUUAGACAACAUCCCAAAAACUAGGACAUUAAUCUUAUUAUUAUAGACACCUUAUUUAUUAAACAGUAAGAAAGAAAAUCCGGCAAGAAGAUAUAAUUAUUAGAUUGUUAUUAUCAUCCGUGAGUUUGCUAAAAUUUCAAAAGACUUAGAUAUACUGAUAAGUGAAUCAUUACCAUGGCAACGAUGUGGUAUUUUCUUACAAAAAUACUAACAUUACCAUGGCAACAAUGUGGUAUUUUCUUACAAAAAUACUAACAUUUUUUGCAAUUUUUUUGUAAUAAAUUAAAUAUUGGAAGUGUUAUUCCAUAUAUUUACAUCAAAAGCUGUCUGUUUUCUUAUUUAAAAGUAAGAGAGUAGACGUCAUUCCGUGAAAAUUAAUGUAAUAUGGUUUGAGAAAUACAUAAUAUUCAGAUACACCUCUCUCAGUUACAACGAUUGCCAUUUUAAGGCAGGCUUGUGUAAUAACAUAGUGCUUUGUUGGUGCAAUUAUUACAUAUGAAGAUAUAUUCACUAACAUAAUACAGCUUAACAUAAUAACAUAUAAACAAGAAAGAUGUUGUUUACAUAUGAUGAUAUCCAAAAUAAUUUAAAAGUUAAAUUAAUGUUACCAUGGCAACAAUGCACUAUUUUUCUUAAAAUAGUAGUUUUUUGUAAAUUUUCCAGAAAGAAUCAGAACAUUCAUUUAGCAUCUGUUCAGUACACAUUUGUUUUACACCACAAAUGCUCAGUUAUGAUCAUUUAUAAAAAACAAACAUCAUUUUAUGUAAUAUAACUUGUCUUUCAGAACUACAUAUUUUCCUGAUAUGCCUACCUGCAUUACAGCUCUGCCAUUGUGUUAUGACAUGUUUUGUUGAUGGUUACACAUAAAAGAUAUUUUCUUGCAGAACAUAGUCUGAUUAGCAGAAUAUAAACAAGACACAUGCUCUCUACAUAAUCAAACAAAUCUAAAUUUAAGUCAAAUUUGUGUUACCAUGGCAACUCACAAUGAUUUGCAAAAAAAUAGCUAUUUCUGCAAAGGUCAUGUCAUGUAAAAAUAUCUUUUAACACAUAACCAUGGAUUAACAUG